GCAUCAACCCACCCGGCAAUCAUCUCUCCACUUCCCGAAUCCUCUCUCCACUUCUAGCGCAGCAGCUCGCCAUGGACGCCUCAGCCACCGUAGCCCCCGGGAAGGCAAAGAAGGGCGCGGCCGGGCGCAAGGCCGGAGGCCCCGGGAAGAAGUCCGUGUCGCGGUCCGUCAAGGCCGGGCUCCAGUUCCCCGUCGGCCGCAUCAGGCGCUUCCUCAAGAAGGGCCGCUACGCGCAGCGCGUCAGCUCCGGCGCACCCGUCUACCUCGCGGCCGUCCUCGAGUACCUCGCCGCCGAGCUGCUGGAGCUCGCGGGCAACGCCGCCAAGGACAACAAGAAGAGCCGCAUCGUCCCCCGCCACUUGCUGCUCGCCGUCAGGAACGACCAGGAGCUCGGCAGGCUGCUCGCCGGCGUCACCAUCGCCCACGGCGGUGUGAUCCCCAAUAUCAACCCGGUGCUGCUCCCCAAGAAGGCGGCCGAGAAGUCCCCCAAGGAGCCCAAGUCGCCAAAGAAGACCGCCAAAUCCCCCAAGAAGGCGUAGGUGGCCACUGCCUAGUUAUGUCGGAGUAGCUGGGAUUGGAAUGUAUGGGCGUGCUUCAGCUCGAAGCUGAGAUUUGGAUCUUUACGGGUGGGUUUGUCCUGUGAAUUCCAUCCAUCCAUCCAGGGGCUUGGGCGGUCAGUCGCGAAGGUAAGUGGAAAUCAACUCCGUUGGCGCGUGUUUGAAAUA